GAAAUUAAUGGCCAUGAGCUCAUUUUUGAUCAACUCCAACUAUGUGGACCCCAAGUUCCCACCCUGCGAGGAAUAUUCCCACAGCGAUUACCUCCCCAACCACUCGCCGGAAUAUUACCAGAGGCACCGCCACGACUCUUUCCACCACGAAUCCAACUCGUACGAGCCUCGAUCCUCGUGCAAGGAGCAGAUUUACUGUCCCGGCUCCGGGAUGUCCCCGCGGGGUCACAUCCACGGCGGGCCGGGCCAGCGGAGCCGCCUCCCGGAGCCGCAGCGGGGCCGCAGCCCCAGCUCGCCCCCAUCCUGCAGCCAAAAUCCGGGAGAGCCCCGAGAGGAGCCCGUGGUUUACCCCUGGAUGAAAAAAGUGCACGUGAGCACGGCAAAUCUCCGCAGACCGUCUGUCGGGAAAAAAGCACCCGGAGUCCUCCAAGAAACCUUCAGGGGCCAGAAUAAUAAUGAUAAUCAUGAAAAUAAUAAUAAUUAUCAUUAUAAUAAUAAUGAUAAUAUUAAUAAGAAUAAAAGACGAGCCCCUAAAGGUGAAAUAUUUUGA